CUCUUGAGUUCAGUUGACUCAUUUGGUCAGGUUUUGUUAUCACCUUUGUGCCUCCCUUCCUGUCUUGUUUCAGUCCGGGUUUGUGUUUCAGAAGCGACCUGUUCACAUGUCACACUUGCAAGUCACAGCAGAGGGUGUCGGUGCUUUGUGGUGAGGGGUUUGCCUUUCGUUGGUGAAGUUAGCAGCAACCAGGAGAGCGAAAGGGGAGGGGAGAAGAGGGCAGGGGAGGGGUUACGAGCCCAGUCCAGCGGAACAUCCUGCGACCACAUCUGAGAGAGUCGGAACGAAGCUCGGCAAGGUCCCCUCACCGCCAACUCCUCUUGCUGCGCGCCGAUCGUCGCUUUCGUGCCCAGUCGUUUAAACCCCGGAGCAAGCGCGGGCCGGUUGUCCUGGUACCCGCUCUGCGAGUCGCAGGCUCUCCUGGACUUAUGUUUUUAUCUCUGGACGCGCGGUGGUGGGACAUCCGGAAUGGGGAAUCCGUAGGAGAAGACUGCGCUGGCUGGUUUUACUGUUUGCGAUAAAAAACAAGAGAACGCAGGCGCGCAGACGCGCUGGCCCGCAUAGCCUACGCACGAGAUGGACUUCAAGAAAACAAAAUUUGGAAAAUUCAUGAACUGCAGGGUGCCAGCCAGCAAGAGAUACCAGCCCACUGAAUAUGAACACGUUGCAAACUGUGCCACACAUGGGUUGUGGAUUCUUCCCAGUAUGGUCGGUGGGUCCGUCCUCUACUUUCUCUCCGUGGACCGAUGGCAUCGUGUCGCUGCCUGGCUCUAUGGGAGCGGCCUCACCGGCUUAUUCAUCACCUCAACUCUUUUCCAUACUGCUGCCUGGAAAAUCAGCCACCUCAGGAAGGUGGAGCAGCGCUUCCACAUGUGUGACAGAAUGGCCAUCUACUUCUUCAUCGCAGCCUCCUACUCUCCAUGGUUGAUGCUGAGGGAGCUGGGACCCUGGACGUGCCACAUGCGCUGGCUCAUCUGGGUCAUGGCGUGUAUAGGAUCGGCGUAUGUCUGCUUUUUCCAUGAGAGGUACAAGCUGAUCGAGUUGCUGGGAUACGUGGCCAUGGGGGCUGUUCCUGCUUUGGUCAUUCUCUCUAUGGUGGAGCGCACAGGUGUGUGUGAACUGGCCGUGGGAGGUGUCUUCUAUGGAGUAGGCGUGGUCUUCUUUAAGAGCGAUGGCCUUGUGCCAUUCGCCCAUGCGAUCUGGCAUCUAUUUGUGGCCGUUGGAGCAGGCAUUCACUAUUACGCCAUCUGGAGGUACCUGUAUUUACCGGGGACACAGCUGCAGACGUCGAGAUUCACCCACGUGACACAGAUGAAAAGGCCUGAAGCAGCAGAGGAAAACAUUAUACUGCCAGUAACAUUGUCCAGCAUGACUGAUUUGGUGGUAGAUCAGACAUAGUCUGGGGAGCCAUAUCCUCUACAGGCAACGGCACCAUGACUGCCAUUUGGUGUUGGGAUGAAACCUUCGGACCCCACAGACCCUACAAUGGUGCAGUGUGUACUGGGUUCCUCCUGCUGCAUGACAAUGCCUGGCCUCAUGUAGUAAGAGUAUGCAGGCAGUUUCUUGGAGGAUGAAAGACUUGAUACUACUGACUGCCCGCAAUGCUCACCAAAUCCAACAGAACACCUCUGGGACAUCGUGUUUCAGUCCAUCCGACGCUACCAGGCUGCACCUCAGAUUGUCCAGGAGCUCAGUGAUGUCGUGGUCCAGAUAAAGAUUUCAGGGUAUCUUUGAAUUCAGCCCUCUGUAGGUUGAUCAUUUUAAUUUCCUUCAAACGAUGUGUCAUCUUUUGGUUCCUCAUUACCCGUUCCAUAUGGUUUUCUUUCCCACUGAGAUAUUUUGUGUAUUUUAAAGUGUUCCUUUUGUCCACACCAGCUGCUCAACUGUUGGUCACGACUAUUCUGGGCAUUAUUUUACAAGCAUGAGGUUACUGGAAAAUCAAUAAAGAAACCAGAGUAUCACUAUUUUUAUGCCAGACUAGUAAAACUGUAAGAGUCUUAUCGAUCUUCUCGUCUUUACAAGAAUAUAUAUGCACUUUCCCAAAAUAAUGAAGCUUUCCUUACAGGCAUAUCUGUUACUGAGCAUUCCUAAGCUGUUAAACUCCCUACUUUCAGUAAUCCAACCACAACUAAUGUGCCAAAACUCACUACACAGGAAUCCCUUUCUGCUGUUGGUGCUACAUCCUUGCUCGGUGGUAAAAUAUGACAGUCAGGAAGUCUCCCAACAAAGCUGCCAUUGACAGGCUUUCAAUAUUGAUUUGGCUGUAAAAGCUGUUACAGAUUUUUACCACCUUAUGUGACCCCUUGAGAGUAUCUGCUUUUGACUUCUGUUCAUUUUCCCAGUACAUGCACGACCCCUGGUUUCGUAAUUAAACAUACUCAUCUUUGGCCGACUGAGACCGAAUUAAGCAAUCUGCAGACAGACUUUAAGGUCACACAUGUCUGUGUGACACACUGUAGCCAGACUGUAAAUGAUCAACCUGAUGAUAAGAGACGCGAGUAGAACCAGCUACUCGUGUGUGGCUGUGACUCAGUUUUGAGUUUUAUUUUUUUUGACUUGUGUUCCAAUUUAAUUUUCCUAAAACUGUAAUUUGAUUUAAAAGACAAAGAAGUCCGUCUCAUUAUGAAAAUGUCAAGGUCUAAUGCAUUUCGUGUCCCGUUCAGGGGACUUUUAAUGCCAGUUGUUUUGUCUAAAUGGUGCGCUCUUGACUUCUGAGCACUUUUCUAUCAACACUGAUGUGUAACGUAGAAUUUGCUACAGUCCUCUGACUACGACAGAAUCAACGUAGCUCGUAAAUGCAAAUUUCUAUUCCCACAUUUCUAGAUUUUCUUAACUUCUAGUACUCUGAUUACUUCUGUUUUAAUUCUUGAAAACAGAGCACCUUCUCAGGAAAUGAGCAAUUUUUUAAUCUUUUUUUUUUUAAUCAGAUGAU